CGCAAGGGGAAAGAAAGAUCAGAUAAAAAUCCCCCGCCGGCUCAAACCCGCUAGUCCGCACGUCAAAGCGCUAGAAGCACAGAAAUUAGAAUUUCGGACAGCCGGCUUUUUAUCUGUCAGUGAUCUCGCCAGCUUCUGCACAAAAUCUUCUUCGCGAAGGGCUCAACGGAGCAGAACGUCUUUACUUUCUUCCUUUACAGCGUCGAUGAAGCCGCUCUUUGCCCGGUGCAAGUCGUGUGUCCCCUCCCGUCCACGACGAUGACCGCCAAAGAAGAGCAUCAGCUCGAGCAAGGGGGGGAGACAUCCCGUCCAGUCAGCGCCCGCGAGUGGUCCAGGCGGAGAAAGAACAUCACCACCUGGGUCGUUUCCCUCUUCAAGUUCAUCUCUGGCUUGACCUCGACGUCUGUGGUCCCUAAUCUGCCCGCCAUAUCCGCUCAGUUCCACACACAGGGUGCGCUCGCCAUCUUUCCCCUUUCGACGUACUUUCUCGGCUAUGCCGCUGGCUUGCUCCUCAUUGGUCCCCUCUCAGAGACGUUUGGCCGAGUGGGCGCCCUGCAGCUCUCAAAUUUGUCCUUUAUCGUCUUCAAUACCGCGGCAGGAUUUGCGCAGACCAACACGCAAAUCAUUGUCCUGCGUGUGCUGAGUGGAUUCGGCGGCGCUGGCCCUCUUUCGCUCGGCGGUGGGAUCCUCAACGACUGCUUCACGCCCGAGGAACGCACGUCGUUGAUCACCGUGUAUGCGCUGCCAGGCCAGCUCUCCCCCGCGCUGGGGCCAAUCCUGGGUGCAGUGUGCGAUCAAUUUCUCGACUGGCGAUGGACCUUUUGGAUCGUCUCCAUCACAAGCGUUGCCCUCCAAGCUCUCUGCUUCCUCACUGUCCGCGAGACGUACCAGCCAGUGCUCGACCGGCGCUGGGAAAAGCAGCAGAAGGGGGGACAGGCGCAAUGGUGGCCGUCGAAGGAAGAGCUUGCGGACACACGGCGGAAGUUGGCCAUCAAUACGCAGCGCCCCUUCAAAAUGCUUGCCACCCAUCACAUCGUACAGCUCAUCGCCCUCUCCAACGGCCUCACGUAUGGCAUCCAGAUGCUUGUCACUGCGUCUCUGGACCAGCUCUGGAAGGAGUCCUACCACCAACCGACCAUCCUGGCCGCGCUAAACUACCUUGCCCUCGGUGUGGGUCUCGUAUUUGGAGCACAGGUGUGCCGUCGAUGUAACCGGUCCAUCUACGCAAGGCUCAAGGAGCGCAACGGCGGCCAAGGUCGCCCCGAGUUCCGCGUCCCCAUGAUUGCGGCAGGCACAGUCAUUGUACCGCUGGGUCUGCUCUGGUAUGGCUGGGCCGCACAGGCCCGGGUCUUUCCCCUUGUGCCCGAUCUGGGCGUCUUUCUGCUCGCCAUCGGUCUCGUCGCCAUCCUCAAUUGCACGAGUCUCUACCUCGUCGACACGUACAAGCUGCAGUCAGCUUCGGCAACCGGUGCAGUCAAUCUCCUGCGAUCGCUUGCCGGCUUUGCCUUUCCCCUCUUCUCGACUGCGCUCUACGACCGCCUCGGGCAAGGUUAUGCAAACACGCUCCUCGCGGGGAUCACAAUUGUCGCAGGUUGGCCGGUCCCCUUCUUGCUCUGGAGGUACGGAGAGGUCAUGCGACGUCGGCUCAUCGAAGACUACUGA